AUGACUUACACGCUUCAAGCUGGUACAACUUACAUUUUGGUUUUUACAACAUAUAGUUCUAAUGUUAUGACACCAUUUUCAAUUAAUGUUGUUGGUCCAACUAGUGUUUGUCUUCGUCGAAUAAAUAUCACAUCAACAGCAGCAUCAACUAGUACAAUGCCAACAUUAACAACCAGUGGUAGUCGAUCAAAUGUAAGCAAUGUCGCCGGUGUCACGACAAGCUACUCAAGUGUACUCAACAGUGACAGUUCUACUUUCACGAGAAAUGGUGGCUCAGGCUCAUUCUAUUAUGAAGCACUUCAAGUUGCAGUAAAUACAACAGGCAAUUACACACUCGAAAGUAAUUGUGUGAUUGAUACCUAUGGAUAUCUAUAUGUGAAUAAUUUCAAUCCAUAUGAUGUCUCAUCUAAUCUCGUUAAAUCUGAUGAUGAUGCUGGUGGAAAUUUCCAAUUUUCAAUGACUUACACGCUUCAAGCUGGUACAACUUACAUUUUGGUUUUUACAACAUAUAGUUCUAAUGUUAUGACACCAUUUUCAGUUAAUGUUGUUGGUCCAACUAGUGUUUGUCUUCGUCGAAUAAAUAUCACAUCGGCAGCACCAUCAACUACUAUAAUGCCAACAUUAACAAUAACUGCUAGUCGAUCAAAUGUAAACAAUGUCACCGGUGUCACGACAAGCUACUCAAGUAUACUAAGCAGUGACAGUUCUACUUUCACAAGAAAUGGUAGCUCGGGCUUAUUUUAUUAUGAAGCAAUUCAAGUUACAGUAAAUACAACAGGCAAUUAUACAUUCAGAAGUAAUUGUGCGGUCGAUAGUUAUGGAUAUUUGUAUGUGAAUAAUUUCAAUGCAUAUGAUGUCUCAUCGAAUCUCGUUAUAUGUGACGAUGAUGUUGGUGGAAAUCUCCAAUUUUUAAUAGGAUUUACGCUUCAAGCUGGUACAACUUAUAUUUUGAUUUUUACAACUUACAGUCCUCGUAUGACAACGCCAUUUACAGUCAAUGUUGCCGGCCCGGAAAGACUUAAUCUCGUUCGUAUAUAUGCUGAAAACGGUUUAACAUCUGUUAAUACAAUCGCUAUAAAUUCACCAGUAACAUUACCAACGUCUACGGCACAAAAUGCUGUCGGAUGCAAUGGAUCCAACAUCCAGUUGACGUGUCCAGCUCAAGUUUUAACGAAUCAAACAAUUGUCACUGUUGAACCGAGCAAUCGAACUCCGAACGGUGGAUAUUUUCCACCAAAUAAUACAUUUUUUAAUCCUAAUGAUUCAAGUAGAGUAAGUGGCUAUGUUCAAACACUUACAGUGGAAUAUGCUCGAGCAAAAUUACCCACGGCUUUGACUCGUAUUUGGGUCUAUGGCAUUAUUCCUAUCCUUGGUGGUUAUAUGGUUUGUAGCCAAUAUUUGAUUCCCUCUUAUGAAAUAUCAGUAUCACAAUCAAUUCAAACCUACGAUAUCAUUAGCAAUCGCAUCAAUGUUUUCAGUGGCUCAUAUGUCGGAAUCGGUAUUGAAGAUGGAUUAGCAUCUAUUGCCACAACAUCUGGCACUAUGGCACUAAUCGUAGGAAGUGCUAAUUUAACAUCAAAUAUUCUGACACGUACACCAUUGUAUUUUCGACCUGAUAAUUCAGAAUUUGGUGUAAAACUUAGCUACUCAAUAGUUACAUAA